AUGUCAGAUAAGCAGAAGGGUCUCUUACCUGCCUGUGAAAUUGUUCUACCAACUGUUAAGCAUAGAUUUUGUGUUCGACAUUUGCACUGUAACAUGAGGGUGGCUGGGUUCACAGCAAAUCCAAUCAAAGAUGGCUUAUGGAAGGCAGCAAGGGCAUGCACAGUGAACAAUUUUAGAGCAGCAUUACAAGAAUUAAGAAAUCUUGAUGAAGGUGCAUUUGCUUGGCUUGUUGAUAAGCACCCAUCAGAGUGGUCUAGAUCCCAUUUCACUAGAACAGCUCAGUUAUUUGAGUCCAAGACUAAGGCUGCUGAAUGGAGUGGAGUCAUUUGUCCAGCAAUUGUGAGAAACAUAGAUGACAUUGAGAAGCAAGCAGGAGGGUUGAUUGGCUUUCAAUGUGGUCCCAUGCUGUUUGAAAUAAUGGGGACAUUUUCUGGGCAGUACAGUGUAGAUUUAGGUAGCAGGUUGUGUUCUUGUAGGAAAUGGGAUCUAACUGGAAUCCCUUGUAGCCAUGCAGUUUGUGCAAUUUGGAUCAAGCAUGGAAAAGGACCUGUUUGGCAUUAUGUGGAUCCAUCCUACUACAUUUCCACAUAUCUGAAAACAUAUGAUGGUUGUAUCAAGCCUAUGGCAGGUUUUGAGAAGUGGCCUGCAAUAGAAAGAGAACCUCCAUUGCCACCACUCUAUAAUGCCAAACCAGGAAGACCUAGAAAGCUGAGGAAGAGAUCUGCUGGGGAGACAAGACCUGCUGGGGAGUCAAGUAAAGCUUCUGUUUACUUAACAAGGAAGCAUGUGACUUUACAUUGCACUAUUUGCAAACAAUCAGGCCAUAACAGUAGAAAGUGUCCACAAAAGCCAACUGUUAGACCUCCAAAUCAGGUUUCAUAA